CCGGUAGGUGCCGUGUUACCGUAAUGCACCAAUGGUGCGGCUAGCUAGCUAGGUUGACACUACAGUGAAGGUCUUCGGCUGCAGCUCAAAUUUAGAUAACGCUUCAGUUACCGUGGUGAAAUUUUACGUCAGAAUGGGCGUUAAAAUAGAGAUGUUCAAAAUGGUGCUGUAUUUAUCCUUUCCUGUUACUAUGUUUUGGAUCUCAAAUCAAGCAGAAUAUUUUGAGGAAUAUAUCGUAAAGCGGAAGAGGGAGAUCUUCCCAGCUGACGAGGGAAUUCAAAGAAAAGAGUUGGAGGACUUCAAGGAAAAAGUUCGAGCACGAAACGAGCAGCAGCGAAUGAAACAACUCUCUUUGGAGUCAGAGAGUUAAAGUUGUUGCCCCCCAAAAAAUAUAUUUAUACCAAAACUGUUUGUGUUGUAUCAGGCAAGAAUGAGUGGAACGGGGUGAUUUUCAUUCCUAUGAUAAUUUUCCCAUUGAACUUUGACAGCAUGUUCAUGUGAUGUAAUUAUGAUUUAUAUGACAAUUCACUGACUAUUAAUGCUGUUCGGCUUUUUGA